UUUUAAUAGGAAGGAUUAUAUGAAAAUGUGUUAUUUUAAGUCGUUCUUCUGAACAAUUUCUAGUUUCUAAAUGUCCUGAAACAACGCCAUAGUUGAUAUUUUAAAAUGUUUUCCAUUAACUGUUACAUGUUUGUAGAGGAAUCGUGAUCUGCCAAGAAUAACGUUUUAGUAAUUCACUUGUAGUACUACAAAUAUCGUAUUGAAACUUUCGUAAUUCAAUUUGUAUAUGAACAUUUGAUUGAUAUUGAAAUAGUUUUAAGUUGUCCGCCGUGUUACUGGUGUGCGUCUCAUUCUUGAGCAAAACUAAUGUUACUUUUGUAGGUCGAUGUCCACGUUUAAUAUGCGGAAGUUUCAUCUACAGUGGUAUAGUAAGCGUACUGUUGGCCGACACAUUCUUCUCAUUACCGUAUUAUUCUUCCCAUUUUUCUGUUAUGUGUACUUCAAUGUACUGCAUUGUUCUCACAUUCGUCAGUUAACGACGGGCCAUUCAGCUUUCUUGAUGCUUCGUUUGAACAAUUCCUACCAACACAAGAUAGAAAAAGAAUUAAGCCCACCAAUAGCUGAAAGAAAAAGAUCUAGUGACCAUAAGGAUUACGUGGUUAGAGCUUGGUUGCCGAGAAGAAUACAUGAACGAUUUGAUGCUUUGUCUGGUAGCUUAGAAAGAAAGCUUCUUGUAAGAAGAAAAUAUUCUAUUAAAAAUCACCUCUCAAUAAAGACACCGAAAACUGAUAUGCUUGUAAAUAACAUAUCCCUACACCUGAAUUUCACUGAUGGGUCUCGAAAAGAAAAGAAUUACAAAAAAGAUACACAAAAAAAAAUUGAAAACCUUCCUAAGUCGAGACUACCUCAAGCGCUAAUAAUCGGCGUGAAAAAAUGUGGAACACGAGCUCUGUUAGAAUUUCUUCGUCUUCAUCCAAACGUUCGAGCUCCUGGUCCUGAGAUACACUUUUUUGACAAGAACUACCAUCUGGGUUUAGAAUGGUACAGACAGCAAAUGCCACUGACAUUGGAGGACCAGCUGACAAUCGAGAAGACGCCAAGUUACUUCGUUAGCAAACAGGUACCGAUCAGAAUCCAUAAGUUAUCUCGUGACAUGAAACUACUGUUAGUAGUCCGUGACCCCGUAACACGGGCAAUCUCUGAUUACACACAAACAGUAACCAAAUGGCCCCAAACACCUCCCUUCAAACACAUGGCAUUUCUAAACACCUCAACUGGACUAUUGGAUACAUCGUGGCCAGCAAUCCGUAUCGGAAUGUACAGCCAUUACCUCCUCUCUUGGAACCGCUUUUUCCCUAGUCGACAGAUUCACGUGGUUAGCGGAGAAAACUUAAUACAAGAUCCUGGUGGAGAAAUGGCGAUGGUACAAGAUUUCCUUAAACUGCCUCGCGUCGUGAGUAAUCACCAUUUUUAUUUCAACCAAACCAAGGGCUUCCCGUGCGUCAAGAAAUCAGAGAACAAAGGUGUGCCUCAUUGUUUAGGAAGAACAAAAGGCAGAACUCAUCCAGACAUCUCAUCAGAAACUAUUGAGAGAUUGCGGGACUUUUACAGACCUUUUAAUCAGAAGUUUUACCGUAUGGUUGGAAGAGAUUUCAUGUGGCUUUGAAUGUUAGAAGUAUAGUCAGAGUUUCUC